AUGCCUCCCAUCCCAGUCCCUACAGCAUCUUUCUUCUUGUCUCUUGUGUCUCGUUAUCCCCUUCCUCCCAUCACCACACGUCAUCAUAAAGGGAUCCGCUCCUCCCCCGAUCAUCCGCAAUCUCAAAACCCUAAUCUGUCUCCCCCCCCCUCGCUCCCUCCACUCUCUUCUCUUCGAUUCCCAUGGACUUGUACCACCGCCUCCGGUUACGGAGCUUAUAGGCUCUACUACCUCCCUUCCGUCGUCGAGAAGAGAAGAAAGAUAUCGAAGAUUUUAGAAGCCCUAGCUUCAAUCGCUGAGGCUGUCUCCUCUUCUGCUGACACCAUCAGCUUGGUCAGCGCUGAUUUGAAUAGGUUUCUGAGAUCGGAUUCUGAUGAGAUUCCGGCGAGUUUGAGGCAGAUUUCGAAGAUUGCGAGGUCAGAUGAGCUCGUUGACUCUGUUUCUAGGGUUUCUGAAGCUCUGACUGUUGGGAUCGUGAGAGGUGUUGGGUCCGGCUCGAGUUCUGGUGAGGUGAGGGCGAAGUCGGAGUUUGCGGACCGGAUUCUUGAUAAGUUAUUUUCUGCUUCUGGAUCCGGAUUCGCUUCCGUAGUUGUUGGUAGCUUUGCUAGGAAUUUGGUAAUUGGAUUCUAUUCUAGUGGAUCGCAGCGAGAUUCUGAUUCUGGAUCGAUUCCGAGCUGGAUACAGUUGGUAUGUGGAGAUGAGAAGUGUAGGGCUCUGAUUGCUAAUUGUGUGCAGUUGUUUGUGAGUUCGGCUGUUGCUGUCUUCUUGGAGAAGACAAUGGAUGUAAAUACGUAUGAUGAGCUUUUUGCUGGAAUUACAAACCCUAAGCAUGAAGUCAAGGUGAAGGAGCUUUUGGUGACUGUUUGUAAUGGAGCCGUUGAAACCCUGAUCAAAACAUCUCAUCAGGUAUUGAUGAAGCCAAGCUUAAAUUGUUCAGUGAACAGAGUUGAAUCGAAGCAAAAAGGGGUAGACUCAGCUAUGGAAAUUGAUAAUAGGGGCUCCUUUGAUGUGAAGGAGCAGAGCAGUGGGUGGUUUGAUCAGGUUUCAUCCACAUUGGCGAUUCCAAGCAACAGAAGGUUCGUUCUUGAUGUCACGGGGAGAGUGACAUUUGAAACUGUUAGGUCUUUUCUUGAUUUCGUGCUGUGGAAACUGUAUGAUGGUGCGAAGAGAGGUGUUCAUGCUGUUCAUGAAGGAGUUGUUGAAAGGGGGUUUGAAGUGGUUCGGUACAUCAGUGCCAAGUCUAUGCUCAUUGUUACAAUAUGCCUUGCCUUGUGCAUGCGUGUCAUGGCUGGGACAAGGGUCUUGAUGCCAGUUUGAGUUGGAUUAAUGUGUAGCAUCCAGGUACUUAGGUUUAUGCACCCGGGAGCUGUUAAUUCAGAAGUCCUGUUAUCCUGCCUGCAACAUGACUUCUCUAAUCAUACUAUCCUUGCCAGUGGAAACUCUGCAUGUCGGCUACAAUAUUUCCUAACUUUAUCAUAGGUAAAGUUUGCCUGCAAUUGUGAGGACCAUAGUGGACACAGAUAAGAUUGAGGAAAUUGUUCAAUGAGGUUAAAGUUGUAGAAAUUUGACUAUACAGGUACAAUUUUUAUAUAAAUAGGUGGGAAAGUAUUGUGGUUCAUAUUUAAAGACUUAGCUAUUAAAUAUUAGGUAUGUUUUAAUAAUCAUGUGUGUUUGCGUAAAUCAAUGGAACAAUCUAUGAAGUCAUAUUUAACAUAAUUGAAGUUAGAAGAAUAUUUGGUGAGUCCAGUGGUGUUUACUGUGCCCGAUACAUAUCAUUGCAACUUGAGAAUUUUUUAAUCAGAAAUAUUAGGACAGUGGACAAUGUUAGGCCAGAACCACAAUGUAGAUUUGGCAUAAACUAUACCCUAAGAUGAAAUUGGUAUGUUAAGGUGAGGUACAAAAGAGCUAACUUAGAGUUAUCAACAAUAUGCUGGGUGGUGAUGGUGUGGACAUGUGUAGUAAAGAGCUGAAGUAGUCUUGCCACGAAGGAUUGAGGUCCCGUACUGGAGUCUAAAGAAUCAGAAAGAAGGUACUAGGAAGGGGGUUUAUUGAGAAGGAGGAGGAUUGAGGAGCACUUCAUUUUUGGGAGUACAAGUUGCAGACAUUUCUUCAAUUGAGAGUUGACAAUGCUGUGUAUUUUGAGGCUUUAAGGAGCAAAUGCUGAUUCAGAGUGAAGCUCGACUAUACAGUUGUACUCCAUCCUGAUCAUAUCUCAUUAUGUAAUGUUUUCCUAACACACACCAUGUACAAUGGAUUGCAUUAUUAAAUUCUAUAGUAAGCAGUGCUGAUUGAGCGGACUCAAAAUGAGACAGUAAUGGUAAGUUCUCAGUCUAUGCUGUAGAAAUAAAGAUGUGCAACUUUCAAAUUUAUGUGCAUAAGUACAUGCAUGAUUGUGUGUUACCCGACGUUGUUAAGUUAAAGUCUUCUGUUCAGAGUAGAAUUUUUUGUUGUUCUCAGAAACUUCUUGCGAAGAAUACGUAUCUUGGAGUUAGAGAGAAAGAAGGGUGCACCUUCUUCUUUUAGUUUUUAAGUUCGAUAUUGCUUUAAAGUAUGUCUCCCGAUCAUUUUAAGAUAUAUGUAAUAUUGUUUCCUAGGGAAAUAAUGCAUGCUUCUGGAUUUAGAGUUGGUGGGUCAGGCUAUCCAAUAUGCAGUAUAUCUAUAUCUCCAUAUGUUUGCUCUCCUUUUUCAAUAUGUUUAUUAUUGUUUAUUCAUUACUUUAUACAGAUGGCAGAUUAUAAUAUUCUGUCAUGUAUUACUUAUGUGAAUACUGUCCGACAAGUACAAAAUAAGUUUAUGUAUGUCAUGUUCAGAUUUAGAAGAAUUUCCUGUGUUUCACACCCUAUAGAUUCCACAGAAUCAUGUUACGGAUAUCGAUAUAUCACCAAAAAUCUUAAAUGUAGCUGUCUUUAUCAAGUCGUGAACAUGAGAAACUUUGUCACCGACCUGUGUCCCUGGUUUACUUGACCACCCUUCCAUGAAACUCAAACUAUCGAUCUUAUGCUUCACUAAUACUUGAGAGAGUGAGCAUCUAGCAUCUUAUCUCUCUCCAGAUGUUGCUUAUUCUCAGCAGAGCACAAUUUCGGUCUAUCUUAUGCUAGACUGGAUUUUCUUCACCAUUUGGUUGCCCUGUAUUCUGAAGAUGAUCUGACUUGGGUUUACAUAAGACAGCUUUAGUUGUUGCAAGAACUUACAGUUCAAUUGCAUUUUGUUAACGUUUAGGUACCAGACUGAGAGCAGCACCAGUGUCGCUGGAUCCAUCCAUGGAACUAAGUAACUCAUGAAAGACAAUUUAAGGUCCAUCGAUGUUUUUAGAUGAAGCUGCUGAGAAAAAACUAACUUGUGAAGCUGAUGAGAGCAAGGAACAAUAGGUUAUGCAGCAAGAAAAAGGAUAGUCUGAAUCUGCUUGGCAAGCUUCCUGUGUCUUUCUUAUUCAAAUAUUUGCACAUGAAAAGGCCAUAUUAUCCCACACAAUGUAGGUGAUAUAGCUCCAUUAACUGAUUUUCUUGUCAAUUUUGAGUUCUGUUAGGAAUUGGAUGUGACUAUCAGUAUCAUUGCUGACAAAGUUUGUGGAUGCAUUAAAUAAAGAAGCUAGUUUCAGCUCUGCAAUGUGCCUAAUUCAUCCGUACGCAUUUGGGUCAGGCAUCACUCUCAGGAAUGAAAGGCCCAUCAAGGGAUCUUUUUGUGAACAGCUUCAGCAAGUGGUCCAUUUUGGGGUGUCACGAAUACUUGGUGUAUCAAGUGGUCAUGUGUUUUCUGUCCUCGGUCCAUGUGGUCGAGGGCCACCAGGUCUACCACCUUGAGCUGCCUGGAGUCAUAAAUUCCUGUUUUGGAUCAUGAACUCUGCGCACUUACAGUUUAAUGCUUGCAUCUCUCACGCCAGAUGCCGAUACUAGGAGCAUCAUGCGGAGUAGUUUGGGUGUGAGGUGCAGGCUAACCUGUAGAAGAAGGCAACAAGGUGGGCAGUCGUCAGCCAAGCGUGAAAAGAAGGAAGUUAGGGCCGCUGAAGUCAAGAUUUUGUGACCUUUUUUCGUAGUUGCUGUUGCCAAACGCUUUGAAGGGGGAAUGGGGUUGUGCCGCUUUCAUUUUUUUUUUUUUCAUGCAACAGGUGCUUAAUUAGGUUGAAAAAGGUUUUGACGGUUGUAGAUAAUAGCAGGGAUAUAUAUAUAUAUAUAACGCUUACGAUAGUGUUGUGUGGCA